GUACACUGCUAGCGCGCGCAUGCGAUUGUACCGCACGGACCGUAUAACCAAGAACCUGAGUCAAUACACGCUGGUCUCGAUCUGCGUUUGGACUUUGGCGCCACCAAAAACCCCACGUUGCCCUCACUCGCAGCGAGAUGGAAAGAGGGAAAGAGGGAGAGAGUUUUUAGAAGAGUGGGGAAAUGGCGGAGGCAGUCUCUCUCAUGGACGUCGACGGCGAGGAAAACCACCAUCUGAAGCCAAACAAGGGUAAAAGCGUCGUUGCCGCACCGCCGCCGGACGGCAAAGCCACGCCCUGGGUGGAGAAGUACCGCCCUCAGUCCCUCGCGGAUGUUGCCGCCCACCGUGACAUUGUCGACACUAUUGAUAGGCUCACCAGUGAGAACAGAUUGCCCCAUUUGCUGUUGUACGGACCUCCCGGCACCGGGAAGACCUCGACGAUCCUCGCCGUCGCUCGCAAGCUGUAUGGGGCGCAGUUCCAUAAUAUGAUUCUGGAGCUGAAUGCAUCGGACGACCGUGGAAUCGAUGUCGUCAGACAGCAAAUUCAGGAUUUUGCUAGCACGCAGAGCUUCUCUUUUGGUGCAAAGUCAUUUGUGAAGUUGGUCCUACUUGAUGAGGCUGAUGCCAUGACAAAGGAUGCACAAUUUGCAUUGCGUCGAGUCAUAGAGAAAUAUACAAAGAACACUAGGUUUGCUCUUAUCUGCAAUCAUGUCAACAAGAUUAUUCCAGCAUUACAGUCCAGAUGCACUCGAUUUCGGUUUGCUCCUCUUGAUUCAAUUCAUGUCACAGAGCGCCUUAAACAUGUUAUAGAGGCUGAAGGGCUUGACGUAACUGAGUCUGGCUUAACUGCACUUGUACGGCUUAGCAAUGGCGACAUGAGAAAGGCUUUGAACAUUUUGCAGUCAACCCAUAUGGCUUCUCAGCAGAUAACAGAGGAAGCUGUGUACUUGUGCACUGGAAAUCCGUUGCCGAAAGACAUUGAACAAAUAUCUCAUUGGCUUCUAAAUGAACCAUUUGCAACUAGUUUUCUACGAAUAUAUGAAAUUAAAGCAAGGAAGGGAUUGGCCUUGGUAGAUAUUGUGAGGGAAGUGACAAUGUUUGUUUUUAAGAUCCAGAUGCCAUCAGAGGUUCGAGUUCCGUUGAUAAAUGAUUUGGCUGAUAUUGAGUAUAGAUUGAGUUUUGGGUGCAAUGAUAAACUGCAACUUGGCUCGCUUAUUUCUUCUUUUACAAGAGCUCGAUGUGCAUUAGUUGCUGCUGCGAAGUAGUUAUGUUUGUUGACAAAGCUCUGAGGCUAACAGUUGUUUUUGGGUUCCACAAGGUGUGAAAAAUUGAGAAAAUGAAACUUGUAAAAUUGUUACCUGAGUGAACGGUCAUGAUUAUAUCUAGUUGUGGUUAAACUCGAGAAUGCUUCAAUGCUUGGUUGGAUGGUGCUUGGCUUUUAUGCUAAAAUCUUCUAUCCAUCAUUUUGCAGGAAGUUUUAGAUUGUCUGGUAUCUUAUAUCAGUUCAAGUAAUGUAUAUCUGCAUUAUUUUAGCAAUUAUACAGGAAUCUUUAUUGAUGACAGCUUCCAUUUAUUUUUAA